AUGUCGGCUUCGGAAAAACAGCCUAUUCAAUCGUCGGACAACUCUGAGCAAGACAUACAGCCUUCACAGCAGCAGCAACGACACCUCUUCCACAAUGAUGUGCGUCCCGGACACUAUGCCGUGUUAAAAAAGUCACUGUUCAUGAUGCUCUUUUUGAGUGUCGGAGUGCUGGCUGUCUUUUCCGUCUUCUGGGGCGCCAUGUUCCGCAGAUCGGAGAGGGCUCAUAACCUACGGGUGGGGGUAAUCAACUGGGAUCAGGGGGUGGUCGGAGACUUGUUCAUGGACCAAGUGGGUGCUAGACCUCAAGAAAAGACUCUGGUAGCGCUGGAUUACAUUCCCUCAGACAUGUUCAGCACUAGGGAGCAGAUCGAAACUCUGGUGGUACAGCACAACUAUUGGGGAGUGCUGGUGGUGGAACAUAAUGCGACCGAGGACACCCAGGCGAUACUAAAUGGAGACAUGAAGGAGGCACACCAAAUAUCAUACUACUAUGCAUCAGGAAGACAGGAAACAAUUCAUUGGACCUACAUUCUUCCCCAGAUUCUAGAGUUUCAGGCCCAGUUUUUGGAGAAACAGGUCCCUCAUAUUCAACAGCUGCUGACGAGGAACUUCUCAGAUUUGCAGGUUGCAAACAUCAUCAGAAACAACAUCACAACACUGAAGUUUGCAAACUACGACAUCAGGCCAUUUACAGGAGGAGUAGCAUCGGCUAUAGACAAUGUGGGACUCAUCUAUCUCAUCAUUGUAUCAUUCCAACAAACAAUGAUGUGGAAUCUCAUCCACGCCAUAAUGAUCCCUUACAAGAUCGUCUUCUGGCAGAGAUUUCUGUACAGAUGCGCCGUCAACUGCGUCAGUAUGUUUAUUGUGUCGCUGUGCUUCUCGCUCGUGUCUCUGGCCUUCCAACAGGACUUUGAAGUCGCCUACGGAAAAGCAGGCUUCGUAGUCUACUGGCUCAUCAACUACCUGGCUAUGUUAGCACUAGGAGGAGCCACGGACAACAUUCAAAUCAUCUUCGUCAAGUACUUUCCCCCAAUCUUGCCUGUCUGGCUGCUCUUCUGGGUCAUUGUCAAUACUGCCACUGCCAUGUCUCCUCUGGAAGUGUCGCCUGGAGUGUACGCUUAUGGAAAAGCCAUGCCACUGUACAAUGCAUUGGAGGCCAUCCGAACGAUUCUGUUCAACGUCAAGUCUACAAUUGGCUUGAACGUCGGAGUACUGCUCAUCUGGAUAGUAGUGAACUGGUGCAUCUCGUUUGUGGGUCUGUGGAAUAAUGACCGCUUGGCAAAGGCGAACAACAAAAAGUGA